GCUGAUCAGAUUUUCUACGUGGAGUUAGAGGGCCGCUAAAAAUUUAAGUUUACCAUACGCAACCCCUGAAUCCCAUCCGCCCCCCAAAAAUGGCUUGUAACCUUGAUUAGCUGGACGGAGCGCGCGAAGCCUAGAACUCUUUAAAUCGCUGGGCAAUCGCACGCCGGUCUACAAAUUCAUGAUGCGACUUUAUUUACUUGUUUCUCUGAUUCAAACUCAAUCUACUUAUGCCCAUGCAUGUGUUGAGUAUGACUUAAUAAAGAUUGGAGAAGCAAGUUCUUUCGUUGCAUUUUUGACACAUUAUUGAGACAGUGUUUCGAUACCAAUAUCAUCCAAUACACAUAUCAGCCAAUACAUUCCCAAUGGCUAAACAUGAUACUCUCGCGGCCGGUGGCGAUAAUCAUGCGAACACCAAUGCCAAUAUAGCUUCGCCUCCAGAGAAUUACCCACGCCAAGAUGAACAAUCUAGUAUCGAACCAAGUGUCUUACCGUUCCCCCUUCUAGAUGGAUCUUCCCCCCCAAAUCCAUCGUCUGCUUCCAAAGUCGAAGAGCAAGGAACUACUCGAAGCAGAGGACAAUCAAGUACAUUGGGUAGUAUUCGGCGAGUUUCUAGAGUAUUUGAGGAAUCGAAUCCACCGACGGGAUUUUGUAUUGCAUCGGGACAAAUCGCAUCGCAGGUACCUUCGAUAACCGAUAUUAGAAGAGGAAGUUUUGGGGUCGAGGGUUGGUCGAGCGAGGGACAGGUUCGAGAAUUACAGAGACGGACAAGCUCUUCUCGAAGCUCCUUUUCACAAUUGGGAGACCAGGACAAGAGUAGGAGGAAGAAUUCCACCGGUAUGAAUACUUCCGAUCAUAUCCCAUCGGGUACGGAAACCAAACAUGAUGCUCUUCCCGAAGCACCAGAGGAAGAGGAACAUGCACAAGCGCAUUCGGAUCUGAGAACUACUUCUACGGCCACGGAUCCAGACGUCAAGAAUGAAGUGCCUGUCAAGCUGAAUUCUAAUGUUCGGAUUAGCAGCGAUACAACCCGCGCAUCUCACAACGCGAAGACAGGUGAUGAAUACAGAACAGCUCCGUUUGAUAAUGGAUAUCAAUUUCCGCCCAAACACUCAUGGAAAGUUUCGACGGCCAUAUUUUUCAAAGCUUUUUGGAAAUUCUUCAUCACUCCCGUCGGAUUUCUCGUUACGGUUUAUGGCUUAAAUGUGGUUGCUUGGGGUGGUAUGCUCUUUUUACUCCUGUGCAAUGCUUCGCCAGCCAUGUGCAAGCCAACGUGCAACGAUAUCAAUUCUCCUCGACGCAUCUGGAUCGAAAUCGAUUCUCAAAUCCUCAAUGCCCUUUUCUGCGUCACUGGAUUUGGAACGAUUCCCUGGCGCUUUCGCGAUCUUUACUAUCUCCUUCAAUACCGGGUUGGAAAGAAUGAAAUGGGAUUGAGGAGAUUGGCUGGUAUAAACAGAUCUUGGUUUCGUCUCUCGGGUUCUCAGUCCUUGUCCCCUGAAAUAGGUCCUUCUCAACUCGCCACCCAAGACUCUGAUACUCCUCUCCCCCCGUCAAGCCUCGCAUUCCCUCUUUCGAAAUCUCCGGAUGCACCAUUGACAGGUGUUCGAGCCCCCGCAACCGCCAUGUGGAAACUCGAUUUCGUAGUCUGGGCCAUGGUGUGGAAUACUUUUCUCCAAGCCGUCCUGUCGGGGUUCAUGUGGGGACUGAAUCGUUAUGAUCGUCCGUCGUGGAGCACGGGUCUUUUUGUGGCAUUGGCGUGUAUGGUUGCUGCGGCGGGUGGGAUCAUGUCGUUUGUGGAGGCGAAAAAAGUCAAGGCUAUUGAGGGCGUGCCGGUUAGUGAGGAGGAUCGAGAGAGAUUGAGGAUGGAUAGGGAGUUAGGGGUGUUGCAUUGGAACAAUAUCAAAGAUGAGGAACCGAAGGAAAAAAAGGGAAAGGGGAAGAAAACAAAGGGGGAAAAAAGCCGAGCUGAGGAGACGAGGAUGCAGGAGAGUAUUGAAGAGGGCGUUGCGCAGGUGGUUAGAUAACGAUGGGUAAUUUGGGUAAUUCGGGUGUUUUCGUGUUUUUAAUUCUGGAAUGGGAAUUACGGUGCUUGUAUACACAUACAUACUCAUGAUAUACAUACACAGGAAGCGACGGGGCAGGGAGUGGAAAUCGAGGAUGGUGUUAAUAAGCGUUUUGAUCGCAUGAAUACAUGUAUGAUUUCUAAAUAUACAUACACCAUGAUAGGAUAUAUAUGAUAUUUCUCUCCGGAAAACUGGCUAAUUUUUAGACCCUUUAACUUUUUGCA